GUUUUUACAAUUAGAUCAUUUAGAUGUAUGCUGAAAAAGACGGUUUUUUGACUGUCGCGGCGACUGUUUUCCUAUACGGCGAAAACUGCAAAAGUAAACUUGGUUUUCUUUAUCUUUGUUCCACCCUUACAUUGUCAUAGAUUUAAACGUAGCCUCCCACUUAUCGAGUUAUAUCACUGGCCCAACUCGACUUUUCAAUGUCGAUUCCGUGAUCCAGCUUCCGCGCAAGUUUUCCCAAUAGGCAGUAUGUACAUCUUGCUGACCUCGGUUUUGCUGUCCGUAGCAUGGAUAAUGCUACCGGGCAGCAUUUACGGGCAGACAAGCAACGGGAACAGCUGUGCUGUACCUAGCAUACCGCGGACACAAGCAGUGGACCCGGCGCAGAUGUCCGGGGUAUGGUACGAAUAUCUCGUGUACACACCGGGGAUUGUUGGCGACAACGUCUACAAUGUCUUAAUACCGCUGAACACCCAAACCCCGGGCAUAAUCACGUACAACCGUACGCUGUCGUUUUUAUUACGUACACCGGCACCGCAGUGCGUCGUCAUCUGUCUUGUGGGCAACAUCGGCACGGACGGCAAGGAAGCCACCACCGGCUGGUUCCUCAAUCCUACUCCAGGAGGCCCGCCUGUAAAAAGCGACGUUGUAUACAACACACUUUUCACGGAUUACCAUUCCCUGCAAAUCAAAAUGAUCUGCAACCAGGCAUCAGCAGCCGGUACCUGCGAUGCACCAUACUUCUGGGCGUACACCCGGGUGAAACCGACCCUGCUGGACCAGUCCACUAAAAAUUACAUCGAUGACACCGUCAGCAAUGUCUUAGCGCCUUUCUGUUUCUCCACACGGAACUUGACCUUUACCGGCUGGGAUGAUAGUCUGCCAUCUUGCCGGCCGACAUUACCAGCAGAUUGCAGUGCGUUAAUGCAGUCCGUGAAGCAGACCAGUAAUUCCAUGAGCAGCAAUAUGUAUUCCUCGUCGCCGGUCAUGCAGCCGUCUGUGACGAUGCGGGGAAACUUCGGAUUCUUUGGAUUUCCUCCCGGACGAAGACCAGCUUAAUAUUUUGAUUGAGACACGACGAUAAAGCGGGAAAAUUCUUAAUAUUAUCGUACUAGAAUGCUCUUCGGUAUGUUGUUGCGCAGACUGAACGUGGCUCAGGCGCUUCUAAUGCCACAUUUAUUUUAAUUAGAACAUUGGUUGGCAACGUGCUAGGUUUGUGUUUUUCCGAUUCCGGUGCUGCGCGUGGGGCUUGUCUGCUGACUGCUAUUUAAAACGUUCGAUAUUCUUGACUUACGCACAUCGAUUAGAAUUUCGUAUACAAUAAACAGGAAA